ACAACCCCUUUGAGCGCAAAGACCCCCGUGGCGCGCCGGACCGCUACGCCUUUGCAUCGUCCUCGCGCGCAUCUGCACAGAGCGGCGACGUGUCGUCGAGAAACGGGACGCCGCUCUCGUUUGCAGGGCCAGCACCGCCGCCACAGCUGCUGCAGCAGGGCGAAGGGCACGCCGUCUCCCCCUCAUCGCUGCGCAGAGAGCCGCAACAGCAACAGCAGCAGCAGUAUGGUGUGACGGGUGCAAUCCCCGGCGGGCCGGUGCCAGCUGCACCAACUGCAGUCACAGCCGUCACCACGGCAAUGGAGGCGACUGCAUCUGGCAUGUCGCUGGACACGAGCGACCUGUCAGCGGAGGUGGAAGGGUGCAUCUUGGACGAGAGACUGGAGUACCCUGAGCAGUACAGUGGCGCAGGCAUAUCUGCAGACGCACGCGAGGGUGGCGCGAGCGGCUGCUUCAACAACGACGCCGAUCAGCAGCAGCAACGACAACGUGGUGACCACCAGCAUCACAGAGCUGGCGCAACCACACACCAUAUUCCCAACACGCCUACUUCCCAGCAACAACAGGAACAGCAACAGCAACAGCAGCAGCAGCAAGCACUGGCGCUGAAGACGCAGACGCGGUUUGAGCACGCGCGCGAGGAAGCGGCGUUUGAGUACGACCCCGGCACCGAGGACCUGAUUCUCACGGCGAUGAUCACAAACAUGGACGUGCACCGCCCAGAGUUCAAGCUGUUCCCGGCGUACGCGUGCUACCUCCUCAUCCGCGGGUGCCAGCGACAGGGCGGGCAGGCGCCACACGAGCGCACGGCCGUGCUGCUGUCCAAGAUGGCAACGCUGCUCAAGAUGUCGCUGAUGGACAGCCACGACCUUGCCUCCCGCGCAUACUGGUUUGCAAACUGCUCCGAGCUGUCCAUGGUCCUGCGCUCAGACCUGACGCUCGUUGAGUAUGGUUGCGCGCGCACACAGCAGGAGCUGGCCGAGAUUGCCCGCGACGCGCACGACAUGAUCCUGGCCACGGUGAAGCGACGGUUCAAGGCUGCGCCAAUCGCGCUGCUGUAUGACGACUCUGCCUUCCCCAUGGCCAACAGCCCCACGCUCCUGGCAUCGUCCGUGUCCUCUGUUGCCUCCUCCUCCUCCUCUUCGGCGUCGUUGUCGCUGGCUGCACACCGCGGCCAUGCCAAGCGCGGUGCAACUGGCGGUUGCGGUGGCAGUGGUGGUGGGGGUCACGUGACUGUGAGUUAUGUCAUUGACUCGCUGGAUGCGCUGUGGCGCGUCCUGAACGGGUGUUUGCUGUCUGCGCGCACCGUGAAGCAGAUCUUUGACUCCACCUUCAACUACAUUGGCGCCGUGUGCUUCAACGAGUUUAUUGACAACACAGACAUGUUCCAGUGCGAGCGCGGCAUGCUGCUCCGGUACAACCUGACCCAGGUGUCGGAGUGGGCGCGCAAGCGUGGCCUGUCCACGGACGUCCACUUUGUGCACAUUGUGCAGGCUGCGCAGCUGUUGCAGGCGCAGAAGACAAGCCUGCAGUACUUGGACAUGAUCUGCGACAGCUGCAACCGCCUCAACUCGCUGCAGAUGGAGCGCAUCCUGUGCAAUUACACGCCCACGCACGGGGAAGAUCCCAUUGCCACCAACCUCAUUGACUGCAUCAAGGCACGCUUCAUGGCCUCCAUUGACAAGAAGAACCUGGUAGAAGAUGAGUCUCUUGCUGGCCGCAUUCACCUCCACCGCAACCCGGACUUUUCGCUCCCCUUUCGCCUCUCCGGCGAGUCUCACAUGGGCACGGGCCUGGUGGAUGUCGAGCUGAUUCGGAGCGUCAAGGGGGUCAUGCAGAACCUGAUUGAUGCGUCCAUGCGCCCGCGCAACAACGACGCCGAUAACGACACGGAGAGCGUGGGCGGCAGCGUCUGCAGCGACCUGCAAGCUGAGCGCGACGACACACACGGGCACAGGGACCACAACACCAGCACUGACAGUGGCAGUGGUGAUGGUGGCUCCAAGCAUGCAGGUGCACAGCAACGUGGGGAUGGUGGUGAGGCGCAGGCAGCGAAAGCGGACGCUGAGGAAGAGGACACAAACGCGGAGAGGAAUGAAGGGAGGAACUGCAGCAGCAGUCAUGGGAGUGGUUCUCGGUCUAGCAGCGUCACCGGGACCGCCAGCACCGCACACGACGGACCGCACAAGCGCUCGCCAUUCUCGUCAUCGUCACCACCGUCGUCGCCGCAUGGCACGUUUGCGCGCGUUCAAGCAUCCAAGAACGAGGUGGUGCCAGCGGACGCGUGGGCAUCGCUGCACUUGUUCCCUCAGGCGGAGCUUGCGCUUGUCCGUCACCGCCCGCCACUCUCCUUCUUUGACCUGCUCAGCUGAUUGUGUUUGUGUUUGUGGUGUUUGUGCGUUCAGUGUGUGUGUGUGUGUGUUUGUGCGUUCAUG